UACAAGACUGCAACUUGCUUAUAACUAAAAACCAUGCUAUAGCUAACACUAUAUAUAUUAAUGUAUAGUAGCCUCCCUUUUUUGUAUUCAUCACUUGCUAUCCCACAUUCCUCAUUCCCCACACAAAUUAAUAUAUAGCAUUUUUGUUUGCUCAUCAAUUAUCUCAAAAACCUUUGUUAGCUGCCAUCCAAGUCCAACAAUGUUCUUAUGGGUAUUUAGUUCUGUCUUUCUAUAGGAGAGAGAGAGAGAGAGAGAGAGAGAGAGUCAAAUAGGAUUUGGUUGCAAUUCUUGUUUUUGUUUUAGAGGUUGAAGAAUGCAAAAUUUUCAUUUGCUUGCAUACUUAGUUAUCCUUCUGCCAUUUGUUUCUUGCUUAUCCCAUGAAGAUGUCAGGGGUCACAAGAACACAAGAGAAUACAUUCACCAGGUAAGUCCUAAGAUGAAAUCUGACGUUGCUCUUCAUGGGGUUCUCUUAUGGCUUUCCAUGGGGUUCUUAGCGCCUCUUGGGAUACUCAUUAUUAGAAUGUCACAUAGAGAGAAAGGUGGAAGCAGAAGGAAAGUUUUCUUCUACCUCCAUGUGAUCUUGCAGGCACUCUCAGUGCUUCUUGUCACAUCUGGAGCUAUCAUGUCCAUGAAAUCCUUUGAGAAUUCAUUUGAUAACAACCACCAGAGGAUAGGUGUAGCUCUAUAUGGUGUCGUUUGGGUGCAAGCUGUUAUUGGAUUUCUGAGACCUCAUAGAGAGAGUAAAAGAAGAAGCACAUGGUACUUUCUGCAUUGGAUGCUUGGAACAGUAAUCACUCUAGUUGGGAUCAUUAACACCUACACAGGUUUAGAAGCCUACCACAAGAAAAUUUCAGCAAAUACAAGGAUUUGGACUAUAAUUUUCACUGCCCAGGUCUCUUUCAUGGCCUUCUUCUACCUUUUUCAAGACAAAUGGGAGUAUAUGCAAAAGCAAGGAGUGAUUUUAGGCAAUAUUGAGCCAAUGAUCACACCCACCACCAUCACUACUCAAAGUGACACCCAAAAGAUGUUAGUGCCUGAACCAAGUGCAAAGAGAAAUGCACUGAAGAACCUGUUUGACUAAUUAAUAUUUAAUUAAUUAACAUGAACUUGUUUGUUUCAUUUGUAUUUUCUUUACCACUUUGAUAAUGGGUUUUGCUGGUCAUAUACUUUUAUUUUUUGAUGCUUGCACUUCAUUGACAGAUUCAAAAACUUAAAUAUAGACGGAGUGCAUGCAUGAAAAAAUGGAGUACAUAAUUGGCACAUCCCUUAUAUUAUUGGGUGUGAAUUAUCUUCUAGUUUCCCAUCUUGAUCUAGAUAUAUUCAGUAAUGGACAUUAGAGAAGGAACACUUAAGCAUUUAUCUGUAUAUGAUAUUGAAUGAGUCGGUAAUGAGAAAUGUGUUGUAAUUUGUGAUGUA